UCCAUCGGCUUCGAGCCUCCUCCCAACACGGGCUACAUCCCUCGAUCUCCUCCUCACUUCCCAGCACCGUAGGUAGCAGAGAGAGUCUUCGCUUCCGGCCGCCGAUCGAUGGAGAACGAGCUGGCGGCGUCGGGCGCCCACGGCGUCAGCCUCGACGACCUCUCUCCCCGCGGCCGCCGCUCUGGACCCGCCGUUGCCGCCGUCCCCGCCGUCGACGGCGGCCGCCGCCCGGGGGAGUCCUUCGCCUGCAACUACUGCCACCGCAAAUUCUACAGCUCGCAGGCGCUGGGCGGCCACCAGAACGCGCACAAGCUCGAGCGCACCCUCGCCAAGCGCAGCCGGGACAUCCUCGCCGCCGCCGCGCCGCCGUCCUCGUCCCCGCCGCCGACGCCGGCGCCACCGGCCGUCGUCUUCCACGCCGCGCCACCGGAACGCAACAACAACAACAGGGACGACGACUUCCUGCUGCCGGCGACGUACGGCGCCACGUGGUCCACUGGGGCGGCCGAGGACGCCACGGCGGCGCAGCAGGCGGCGCCACCGACACCGAGCGUCGUGAUGGACAUGGCAGGAUGGGGCGCUGACACGGCCGCCGCGGCUGACGGCGGCUGUGGCCGCCUCGGCCACGGCCGGAACGGGGAGGAGAUCGACCUGUCGCUCAAGCUCUGAUGAUCUGAUGAGAUCAGAAGUUUGCAUGCACGCUUGAUUAGUUGUUGCAUCUGCCGUACGUCCAAUUAAUCUCUCUCCUCCGGCCGAUCCGGUGCAAGUGGCCUUUUAGCUAAUUAAUUGCUUGCUGGCCUACUCUUUGAUCAGGUGCUUUAAGCUUUGACUAGCUAAGCUAGCUACUGAGUAGUAUAUAUAUAUAGUUGGUACAUAACUUUCUGCAACAACUAAUCUAGAUCUAUAUAAAGCCAGGCCUCUCCAUUUAUAUUCA